AUGGGUCCAACUGGACAGCUCAAUCCCCACGAACGGGCCCCGGCAGCUAUCCGCGAGCUGUACAACGAAUGUCGCCGCCUGAGCCCCUCCCAGAUCGAUUCGCACCCGCGGAUCCUAGAUUUCAAAGGACUGGACGAGGACCAUUUGCCCAACGGAGUCAUUCUAGAGAAACGAAUCCCCAAAAGCACCCUUGAGUCCGCGUCUCCAGAUCAUCUCGUCCCUGUUGCCGCCCGCGUCCAGGUCGAACUCUUUUCCCGUUUGCUCCAUCGCGAUCUCUCGGAUGAGAGCCACCAGACGAACUUGCAUUUACAUUAUAAUGUCUCGUAUCCGGCCGUGGCGUGCUGUCCGUUUGAAACAGAGCGAGCAACAGAGAAUUUACAGCAGAAGAUACCUGGGACGGGAAAGCCGUCAUUCUUCCAGGAUGACCCUACUCGGCUACUCUCCCCAAAGGAUCCCUCAAUACAUCGCCCGUUGUCGAUCCAGGCUGCUCUCAAUAGUAAAUUACGCUGGAUGACUCUUGGUGGCCAGUACAAUUGGACGUCCAAAGAGUAUCCCCCAGGACCUCCGCCUCCCUUCCCUUCAGACAUAGGUAUCCUCCUCCACAGUAUUUUUCAGGAGACAACUGCAGAGGCCGCCAUUGUAAAUCUCUAUUCGCCCGGAGACACCCUUUAUCCUCAUAGAGACGUAAGCGAGGAGUGUGACCAAGGACUGAUCAGUAUCAGCCUAGGCUGCGACGGAUUAUUCCUCGUGGGGCAUGAGAACGAGGAAUGUACCGUGCUCAGACUCCGAUCUGGAGAUGCUGUGUACAUGAGCGGUGCAUCUAGAUUCGCUUGGCACGCUGUUCCAAAGAUCAUCCCGGCGACUUGUCCGGAAUCUCUGGAAGCAUGGCCUGGCGGUGGUCGCAGCGAUGGCGACGGUGAUGCUUUGGAUCAUUGGCGGGGCUGGAUGGCGGGGAAGCGGAUCAAUCUUAAUGUUCGACAAAUGUUCAAGGACGCCGGCACAGACCGCAAAGACGACUGCCAUGCCAGUGGUUGA